CUCCUUCCUUUUUCUUCUUCUCUUUACCCCACACUUGCACACCUCCCCAUAUCUCACACUCAAUUGCUUACAUUCAGAGUACACCCUCCUCGCGACACCCACGUACUCUCUCAUCCAUUCAUUCCCUCACACUCACACCGGGCACUCCCGCAUUCUCAUGAACAACACCAAUAUGGAACCAGGUGGAAUGGCCAUGGCAUCUCUCAGUCCAAUGGACGACGCUGCUCUACGCGCGGAACAGUUUCAGGAACACCAGCUUCGUCUGCAGGAAAAAUUCCGGCUGCAGCACCAGCAACAGAUGGGGCUCGCUCAGACCAGUGCCCACCCACACGAGCCCGACGGCAUGCAACCUUAUUACAACUCCCAGGGCCAGCUUACCUAUCCAACCUCAAGCCCAUGCUACGAGGCCAAACCAAAGUACGGUCUGGGUGAUUUUGACCUCCUGGAGACUUUAGGUAAACUGAUAGAGGGAUCGCUCUUAAUUUUUUUUGCCUUUGGUCAAUCUUUUCCUUUACUAUUGGUCCAUCUUUUCCAUUUUUUUCUUUUUAUUGUUGGCGCGCUUUAUUUUUUUUUAUUUUAUUUUUCUUUGCUGCACUGUUCAUUUCUGAUGGACGAUGCGAGGGGGAACGAGCCAAGAUAUGAGACAUGCAUGCCUGCUCAUGAUGGACAAAAGAAUGAAAAAAGGGCGCACGAUGAAAGACCAAAAAAGAAAUUACACAAAAAGGGCACUGAGCACGCACACACAGUGAAGAUGAGAUCCAUUUGGUGUUGGGUGAGUAGAGUGGGGAAAUGGGAGCGCGAGGGUGUCCAUGUGUGUGUGUGCAACCUGGCUUUUUUUUUUAUAACACUCGGCUCUCAAUCCAAACAACACAACAAAAACGGAGGCGUGAGUGUUCUGGUCUUUGCAAAGUCUUUUCGUCUUCCUAAGCAUCCGGCAACCAGCAACAAGCACCGGCAGCAUGUCCAAACAGCGUUGUGUUGUCCUCCGUCGGAUCGAUCUGCUGCAGUUUCGAUUUGGCGUACGAGCGUGUAUGCGUCCUUGUUGUUGUUGCUGCUGGGGGGUUUUUUUUUCGGCAUGCGUGUGCGUAUGGUUUUUUUUUUUUGAGUUGGGAUGCAUCGGGGGGUGCACGCAGGAAAACACGAUGGACACACUCUCUCUGACCGAGAAGGACACCCAUCCAUCGGACAUGGGGUUGUUAGUCUUUUGCUAGCAGCAAAAUAAAGAGAAAGAGUUCGACAUACAGUACACAUUCCCACCCUAUCGCCCCCUUUCCCUUUCCCUUCUUGUUU